AUGGACUGUUCCAUCCGAGCGAGUAUCUGGACGCGGCAGGAGACGACGCUUCUCUUGGACCUGUGGGAACAGGAGACGCGUCGCCAGAACUUGGACGGCACGGCGCGGAACUACAAGGUCCACCAGCGCAUCUCGCAGGUGCUCAUGGCCAAGGGCUACUGCCGCUCGCCCAUGCAGGUUCGCGAGCGACUGAAGCGACUGCGACGCGAGUUUCGCGAGUCCCGUCGUUGCGAGUACUACGAUAGGGUCGCGGCCAUCAUGGCCUCCACAAGGGCCGCCGCCAACGGCGCCGACCUGGUAGCGACGCACGACGGUGCCAUGGACGCGACCUCGAACGCCGCGUCGCCCAACGACCACCACCACAUCCUGGGAGGCGCCUGCGACGACGACAUGGUUGACAGCAUGAAGGCCGACGACUACUCCCAGACGACUUCGGAGAAUGAGACAGACUACCAGGACAGCAGGAACGGCGGUAACGGUGCCAUUGCCGAAGACGAGUCCCUCCUUCUACAGCGGCGGACAGUGCAGUUGCUGUCAGCGCUGGUCGAGGGACAGCGGCGAGCUCAGAAGUCCACCGUGUGUUUCCAACGCCAGAUGCUUCAGCACAUGCACGCCAUGUCCGGUGCCAUGCAGACUGUGGCUGGAGCCCUGGCCCGUGCCUGUCUGUACAUGCCGCCGGGAGACCGGGCCGAUGGCGCCUGCAGUCCCAGCUACGCGGCCAGUCUGCUUGAGCACGACGACCUGGUCGAGUCCCGGGAGGCCGACACGCCAUCUCCCAGGAACUACGUCAAGCACGAACCCAGUGACUGA